ACUCCUGGUUCGAAUCCCGGUUCGGAUCAUUGACAACUUCGGUGUUUUUUGUUGUUGUUCAGUUCUUUCUCGUGUGGUUUGCUUGAACUUAAAGACAAGAUCGAAGUGAGGAUUUUUUUUAUUAUUCCUACUCGUGAAAAAUCUUUAAAAUUGGAUUAACCUGUUGUUGUUUUUUGUUUUUUUUUUCUGCCAUCUCACGUCUCGAUGUAGGACCAGUGUUUUCCCCUCAUAUGUUGCAACAUGCGGCUGUUAGUGCCAGGCAUCGUCAUGACAGUGGCAGACGCGACGAUCAUAAGUGAGCUGUAUGUGCACAGGGACGGGAUCAGGGGAGUGGGAGAAAUUGCGUUCACGAAGGAGGUAUCAAGCCAGCUGGAAUGUGCCGCCCUGUGCCUAACCGUGCUGUGUGCUUGUUACAACCUGGAAGUGCGGAACAGUACGCUAACCUGCACAACACUGUCAACCAUUAGGGAAUUCACAGAACAACCCUUCACCCGUAGUUUCUUCAGCAGGAAAGGCCUGUACCAGCAGCUGGGCUUCAUCCGCUACAAGGAGCAGUGGGUGAUGGCCCGUGACCCGACCCUCCCGCGCCUGACCUGGGACGACAGCGUGGCCUGGUGUCGCUCGCUCCCGGGGUCAGUGUUCCUGCCGCAGACCCUGGAGGAUUUUGACUGGAUGGUGGAGAUCUUCAGGACCAAGUACGAGGACGGGUACAUGUUCUUCCCUCUCAAUGACAAGGAGAAAGAGGGGGACUUCGUGUGGGUCAAUGGAUCGUCCGCCAAGAACGCGACCCAGAUCCGCUGGCACGACGGCCAAGAGGGCGCCGGCAACACCAUAGAGGACGACUGCGUGGCCAUCGAGUCCUACCACGACUACACCCUGCGCGUCCAUGCCUGCGACCACACUCACUACGCCAUGAUCUGCGCGGGAGAUGGAUAGGGAAAGGGACACC